AUGUCGGAAUCAUCUUCCAUGGAAUGGAGCAGAGAAGAAGAGAAAGCUUUUGAGAAUGCCAUUGCCAUGCACUGGAGCAAUAACAAUGAGGAAGAUUCACAGGAACAAUGGGACAAGAUGGCUUCCAUGGUUCCAUCUAAAACCAUUGAUGAGUUGAGGCAACACUACAAAUUACUUGCUGAUGAUAUUGGUGACAUUGAGGCCGGAAUUGUUCCUCUUCCGAGUUAUAUCGGAGAAGAAGCUUCUACAUCGGCUAAAGAUGGCCAUCAAGGUGGAUUUGCCGGGGCUACAAUACCCGACAGGCGAUCGAACUGCGGUUAUGGGAGUGCAUUUCCAGGUUUAGCUCAAGAUUCAAGCAGUCAAGGAGGAGGAGGAGGGAAAAGUGGAGGAUCCCGGUCGGAGCAAGAACGCCGGAAAGGGAUUCCAUGGACUGAAGAAGAACAUAGGCUGUUUUUACUUGGUUUGGAUAAGUUUGGAAAAGGGGAUUGGAGAAGCAUUUCUCGGAAUUUUGUGAUAUCCAGAACUCCAACCCAAGUGGCUAGUCAUGCCCAGAAGUAUUUCAUCCGUUUGAACUCCAUGAAUAGGGAUAGAAGGAGAUCUAGUAUCCAUGAUAUUACCAGUGUAAAUAAUGGAGAUGUUUCAAGUCAUCAGGCACCAAUAACAGGCCAACAAGCAAAUGCACCACCAUCUGCCGCCGCGGGAACUGCUGCUACCGGGCAAGUGAUGAAGCACAGAGGGCAGCAGCCGAUGCAUGGAUUAGGAGUAUAUGGUGCACCCAUAGGUCAUCCCGUGGCAGCUCCACCGGGGCACAUGGCCUCAGCCGUCGGCACGCCAGUUAUGCUUCCUCACGGCCAUCCUCAUCAUCCACCUUAUGUUAUGCCAGUAGCAUAUCCGAUGGCACCACCUCCCACCAUGCAUCAAUGA